UUGCCAUAUGAAUAAGUUUGCAUGUUCCUAGUAUUUUUUGACGACUUUUGAGUCUCCUGGCUAAACUAGUGUAGUAGAAGACAAGAGUUUUUUGACAGAAACAGGUGGAAGUGGAUUGUUUAUGGCAUUUGUUAGUUUUCGCGUCAAGUUUUUGAUUAGUCAAGCCAAAGGAAGAGUUUAUGUUGGUUCCAUGUGAAAUAAUGACUAGGAAAACAUUAAUUGAUGAAAAUAGGGAAUUGAUUAAUGAUGAAUUGGUUGCCUUACAAUCCAUUUAUCCUGAACUUGAAUUAGAUGGCAACAAUUGUGGUCGCGUUUCCAUCCCCGUGUCAACAGAAGACACGUUUUAUUUGUCCUUUCCAGAUCUGAAAAGGACAAAUAAUAUAGACACGAUAGCAACUAAACAUUUCCCUGCUAUAGAACUAGAGUUUUUUCUUCGGGAAGGAUAUCCUCAAAAGUCUCCUCCAGUAUUCUUCCUAAAGUCAUCGUGGCUUCCCAUGAGACAACGGCGUACUUUAACGUCCUCUAUGGUGAGAUUAUGGAACGAAAUUCAUGACUGUGUUUUAUUUGAUGCAAUCGAACUUUUGCGCUCCAGUGCAUCAUCUGCGUUUCAAUCUCCUAAGGAGAUGGUUUUCCCUUCGGAUUCAGAGAGUUUGAAACAAGAGUUCCUUACAACUGAUAAGCAUGCAAGUUUGAUGGAUUUCGAGAAUCGCACAUUCACGUGCUUAAUUUGCUUUGACAAUUUUAGCGGCAAAGACUGCUUUCGGCUAGCCCGCUGUGGUCAUGUAUGCUGUAAGCAAUGCCUUACCGAUUAUUAUUCCGUCUGCAUUGAAGAAGGAAUGUUUACUCAGUUAAAGUGUGUUGAUUUAGAGUGUGCUAAAACUGCUUCUAUCUUGACACUGGAGGAAAUGGAAAUGAUAGUCGGCCCGGAAUUGAGGAAGAGAUUCCAGGAAUUAGACGAAAAGCGGAGGUAUGAAAAUGAUGCGAACAUUGUAUUUUGUCCUCGGAAAUCAUGUCAAGGCCCGGCAAGGCGAGAUCCUGGUCAGAAGCUUGCAAUUUGUCUCAAGUGUGAUUUUGCAUUUUGUUCAUUUUGUCAAGCAUCAUGGCAUGGUGACUUAUCUGCUUGCAAGCUUCAGGGUGAUUCUAAAAAAUUAGUGAAGAUGUAUCUGGACUAUCAAGAGUCAGACGCGGACAAGGCCGAGGAACUCGAAAAACGCUAUGGUAAACGGAUUUUGGACAAACUCGUUGAGCAAGUUAAAAACGAUGAGGAGGCUGAACGUUGGGCUCUUUUGAACGGUCAGCGUUGUCCUACUUGUGACCGGGUAGUUGAAAGAAUAGAUGGAUGCUGUCAUAUGAUUUGUCUUUGUGGAACUCAUUUUUGUUUUCUUUGUGGUGCUUAUCUCAUGGAAGCCAAUCCUUAUAUACACUUCAAUGACCCUAUGAGUACAUGUUAUGCUAUGCUGUUUGCUUCUCCAGAAGAAAAGCAACGCUUUUCCGAAAAUUGGUUAUGAUACCUACUGAUUCCAUUAGAAGUGCUAUGGGAAUUUGGAAGGAAAAAAAAACUGUUUUUUAAAAAUAAACGCUUAUUAAAUUAUUUAUUUAUCUAUUAAUAAUACCUUUUUGAUCAUCUAUUUAUGUCACCUUUUUUGGGCGGAGUUGUGGAUUUCAAGGAUUAGAGGGAGUUUGAGCAGGAUUAUGGAGAGAUUGUAGACUCAUCAUGAAGGCUCGCACAACUGAAAAGUCUUCAGCGGAAAAGGUAUAAUCAACAUUGUUUUCUGCAUUGGUGUUUUCGUUUUUAUUUGUUUCCUGUAAGUCUUUGCCUUGGGAACUCGGAUUAUCAGAAAUCUUCUGAGGAUAUGUAUAUCCUUCUUGAGGAUGAUAUUGAGGGAUAUUUUCAA